AUGAUCUCAAAGGUUUUAGUAUUGGUAAGUCUACUGGGAGCAGCAAGUGCUCAACAUUAUUCUCACGGACAAGCGAUCUCAUCACAGUCCAUCAUUCGUCAUGACAACCAACACGGAUACAACCACGUUCAACCUAUCGCCGUCCAUUCAGCUCCAAUCUCAUAUCAUCAACCUGCUAUAGCUGUUCACGCUGCGCCAGUCUCUAGUCACGUCAGUGUUCAACAUGCUGCUCCAAUCCUUCAACAUGCUGCUCCAAUCAUUCAACAUGCUGCUCCAAUCAUUCAACACGUCGCUCCCAUAAGACACGUAGCUCCCAUUGCUCAUGUAGCUCCCGUGGCUUAUCAUGCAGCACCUGUUCAUGCUCAAGGACAUCAAGAAUAUUAUUCCCACCCCAAGUACGAGUUUGAGUACAGCGUAGCUGACACUCAUACUGGUGAUAUCAAAUCUCAACACGAAGCUCGUGACGGUGACCAAGUGACCGGCUCCUACAGUCUUCAUCAACCUGAUGGUUCAGUACGUACCGUACACUACAGCGCGGAUGCGCACAGCGGAUUCAACGCUCAAGUAGAAAAUUCUGGUCCUUCAACACAUGUCCAACCUCAACCUCACUAUGCUCCUGUUCAUGUACUUCCUCAUCACUAA